AUGGCUGGCAUCGGCAUAACUGGCGUUGGCAACUUCCGCCCCUAUACUUUCCAAGCGCUUUUUUUAGCCAUUAUCGAAGCCAGGCAGCGGUUCCUCCGCUUUGCCGAGGAGAACCUGUCCGCCCCGCAGGGUACCUUACGCCGCUGCCCCCUGGCGGCCACUAUUGACCGGUUCUUACAUGCUGCCGUAUUUUGGGAUACCACUAGCGUCCCUAUUCAGCUCCAGAUCGAGGCGCUGGACGACGAGGAGGUGGAGGAUGAGGAGGACGAGAUGUAUAGCACGGAGGAUGAGGACAUGGAGAACGAGAACAAGGACAUGAUGGACGGGGACAUAAUGGACGAGGAGGAGUACGAGGACAUGGAGGAGUAG